AUGUCAUCUAUAUCGACUCUGUCCGUACCGUCCGAAAUCCUCAAGGAUGUUAGCGAGAAGACCCGCGCUUGCCUGACCCGACUAUCCGCACAUGAGCCAGAACUGAUCAUUGAUCCAACCGUUCACGCGCAUACCAGCCUCGCAGCGGUUCUGGUUCUUCUGUACGAGGAUGCGGGUGCCUUGCGGGUACUACUUACGACUCGAGCGAAGACUAUGCACUGCAGUGUGAAGCUACGGGAGGCAUACGAGGAGAUUGAGUUGCCGCUGAAGAGUCCGCACGUCCAUGUACUGUGCACACUCCGCCCGUUCGUGUCCGCAUCUCGCUUGAUCGUCGGGCCUGUCGUUGCUUUCCUAUCGGCGCCUGCAGAGGUCAUCCCAAACCUGAAAGCCUCGGAAACCGAGGUCGAUCAAAUCUUCAGCCACCCGUUCGAAGCCCUCUUGAAUUCUGAGCUUGCUCAAGGAGAACCGCUCGUGGAGAAGGGCGGCGAGCAUUGGGCAUACGAUGAAGAACUACAUAACUUCCGCGACAUCCCUACCGCGUGGUUAGGCGUAUACAGGCUCCAUCGCUUCCGAACAAGCCAUUCUCCCCUAAAGGGACUCACGGCUGAAGUCCUCUUGGAAACUGCCGAGAUAGCGUACGGACGGGAGUCGUCUGUAGAACGCUGGGCGCCAGAUCAGCCCAGGGGUGCAACCAGCGUGAAAAUGGUUUUGGAGGCGGCAAGGAGGGCAAUCACAGCUGAGACUCCUGCUGCGAAGGGAUGGGAACAUGCUGCUUCGGUGUCGGGCCCCGCCGCCACACAAGAGGCGGCUGCAUGA